CCGUUGUCGCCCGCCAUGCCUCGCACAAAGUACCAUGAUUCGGACUCGGAUGAUCCGCUCGAGUUGAAGGAGACUGUUAUCCAGACCAUGAUCGAUCUGCAGUCGCAGGUGGCUCUCCUCACCGAGCGGGUCUCGUCGCUCGAGUCGCAGCUGAUCCAGGCGCUCGGGGUGGACAUCGAGGUGAUUGAAGAGGCCAAGGUCAAGAGUAAGGGCAAGGGCAAGGGCAAGGGCAAGGGCAAGGGCAAGGGCAAGGGCAAGAGCAAGAGCAAGAGCAAGGAAAAGAAAAGCAAGCAUCGGAGCUGAUGGCUGCAGUGCCGUAGAUGUUGAUCAGGCUGCCGCAGGCGGGGAGCAGACGCAGCCCGGUGUGAGUAGGUGUGGGCAGGCGUAAGUAGGCGGGGUAAGCGUCGGCAAGAGUCGGCAGGUUCCAGCUGUCGUUGGCAGCCGCCGGCUGGAUCGGUGUUAAACGUGUCAUGGUGAUGGGGACGGGCGCAUGGUACACACUGGUUGCUAUCUGACAAAGGCCUCGUCGUCAUCGUCGUCGCCGGAGUUGUCGGAGAGCUCAUCGUGGUCCUCGCCGUCGUCCGAGUCCGAGUCCG